GUUAUCGCACAGACGUCACCGGCUGAAGCGGCUUUGGUUUUGCCCAAUCCUUUCCUUUCUUCUGCGUCUCGGUAACUCUCACAACGCCAAUCUCUCGCUUUUUCUCCAUCUCGUUGCUUCCCUCAUAUUUUGCUUCCCGACGAUCUCCUUUUGGAAGAUUAUGCCAACUGUCUUCAACUCAAAUAAUAUUUUUCAGAGUUUCAAUUGAAUCGUUGGUUUUGGAAUGGCCGACAAGGAGAAGGUAGGAGAGGGUACUUCCCGUGGAGCUGACUGGGAAGUUGUAUCCCUCACAGCAUCCGCUUAUGCUGCUGCACCUGGUCCACAUGAGGUUGACCCUUCUGAUGAAAGUAAAGUGAUGAAGAGCGAGAGCAUAAGUAAUCCUGAGUCAUCUACUGCUGCAUUAUUCAUGUCUGGUCACUUUAUUUUUCCACCCAGUGAACAUGAGAAUCUCCCAAUACAACCGGAUACAAAUGAGAUCUCUGGUCGCCCAGAGGAAAAUAUUGGAAGCCCUGAAAUGGUUGAUGCUGAUGACAUAGAUCAGUUGCAAACUGAAUCAAAAGAUGACCUACAUGGAGUUGAGUUUUUGGAUGAGGGGAGUAAAUUUUCUGUGCAUGAAAUGGGAUUUGAAGAGGUUAAGGGAUCCCAAAGGUCUACAUUGGUCGGAUUGGAGCAAUUUAUACUCGCUGAUCCUGAUUCUGUUGCUAGUCAUUCUGAAAUGCAGAGAAGUGUCACCAAAAUUGAGACUAGUGAAUCUUUAGAUGUGAAUACAGAUUCUUUUGAAGAGCACAAAAUAGAUGAUGAAGAUGACUCUGAUGGACCUGAGCUUCCUUCCCAAGCAUGGUGGAAGGCACAUGUAGCAUCUGUGUAUCGCCAGGCAAAGGAAGCUAAUACAUUUUGGUCUGUUGUAGUGGCUGCUGCUGUUGUUGGCAUUAUAGUUCUUGGGAGACGAUGGCAACAGGAUAAAUGGAAGUUUACCAUCACUGAUGAGAAGAUGAGCAGGAUGCUGAGACCUGUUGGCCGGUUUAAGAAUGCUCUGCUUGGUGGCCACCAGCCUAGCAAAGGGAUACACUAAGAUUCACAUAUCACUCAGGGAGAAGAUGACGACGACGACAACAAGAAGGAAGAAGAAAUAAGUUCAUAUAGCUCAUGAGGUGUAUUUCUGGGAAUAGGCACUUCAAAUGCCUCUGUGACUUACAAACUCAACAAUUUUACCCUAUUCCUGUUAAUUUUUAUUGGGAAUCUGUUUAAUAUGCUUUGGGUAUAUGUAUGAGGAUCUUCAGGAUCAUAACUUCAUGCAAUUAUUUUCUCUGAGAACUAUUGUACUCGCUGGAAAUCUGUGUUCAGUAUUUAAGAAUAUUAUUCAUGCUUGAGUUUGCAAAUCA